UCUUCAGAGACCAGUGAGCAACUUCGCAAGCACAAACUUCCCCCCUCACCAGACCUCAAACCUCGUGAUCCUCCACCAGAGGCCACACAGACACGAGCGGUUGCCCUUGUUCAGCAAGAGGCCAGCACAAACACACCUUCUUCUCUCACCCCUGCUCUCCAAACCGUAGCCCUCGGAGAGCAUCGGGCAACUUCAAAAGCACAACUAUCCCCCCUCGAAACUCAUGGUCCUCAACUCGAGACCAAAGAAACACAACACACCCGCGGCUGCUUCGACAAAUGCUUCGACUGCUUCGAUCAGUCAGCUCUCUCAAACCCCAAUGCGGGUAUCGUACAAGUCAAAUCUCCUUUUGUUUUCUCUCGCCGCAAAAAAUAA